GAUGCGUGACCUGGCGGCUCAGGUCACCAGUGGGUUUCUGCGCUUCCCUGCAGUGACCGUCGACGCUUUGGGAGAGGAUGAAGUGACGCUGGACUCGGUGCUUCAUGGGAAAUUUACUGCCGGUCGGAGUGUCCUGGCAUGGCUGGCGUGCGGCCCUCACCUGGAGGUGGUCCACGCGGCCACGGGCGAGCGCUUCUCGGCGUAUCGGUUCGGCGGCGUGACGGAUCACGUGCAGCCCUCGGUCACGGCGGUGAAGGAGUUCGGCUGGCUGAAGCGCAGCGGGCUGCUGGUGGGCCUGCAGGAGGACGAGAGCAGCAUGCUGUGCCUGUACGACCUGGGCAUCUCGCGGGUCAUCAAAGCCGUCGUCAUACCCAACAGGAUCACCGCCAUCGAGCCGCUGGUGAGUUACGGCGGAGCCAGCGCCCACACGCAGCACCUGCACCAGAGCCUGCGCUGGUUCUUCGGCGUGGUUGCCGUGGUGACGGACCUGGGCCACGUGCUCCUGGUGGAUCUGUGUCUGGACGAUUUCUCCUGCACGCAGACCGAGCUGGAGGCUUCAGAUCUGGAGGUGGUGAAUAAAUCUCCGGGUGAUAUCCCCCGUCUGAGGGAGGGCGUCACCCAGCAGGGGCGACACCUGUGCCUCCAGCUCUGCACUCCUACAGGAACCGGGGUGUCGGCGCUGCGGUUCGUCAGCCGCACCAACCAGCUGGCGGUGGGCUUCACCGACGGCGUCCUGCAGCUCUGGAACAUGAAGACGCUGAAGAGAGAGUACCACGCCCAGCUGGAGGGCGGCCGGGUCCCCGUUCACGCCUUCACCUUUCAGGAGCCUGAAAACGACCCGAGGAACUGCUGCUACCUGUGGGCCGUGCAGUCGGCGCAGGAUCUUGAGGGGGACGUGGUCAGCCUCCAUCUGCUGCAGCUAGCUUUUGGAGAGAGGAAGUGUUCGGCCUCGGGGAGAAUCAUCUACGAGGGGUUGGAGUACUGUGAGGAGCGCUACAGUCAGGAUCUGAACGGCGUGGCGUUUCCUCUCAGAGCUCAGGCUACCAACACUCGCCUCCUCAGCUGUCAGACCAUCGAGAAGAUCCGCCAUCACCCCGACAGAGAGGACAGCGUCACUGAAGUAGCCUCUCCUGACACCAGCGUGGCCGUGUUCAUCUGGCAGGUGAAAUCGUACGGACAGGGUCUGCUGUCCACCUUCAUCGGGGUGUUUGACAUUAAUAGAUGGUACCACGCCCAGAUGCCCGACUCGCUCAGGACGGGCGAGUCUCUGAGGAACUGUCCCUACAUGGCCGUGUGGUCCCUGGACUCGGUGAUGGAGGUGGUUCAGUCCUGCCCCCUGCUGGACGUGGUGGUACAUGAGCGCAGUCUGAGCAGAGCGCUGCCCCACACCUGCCCCCCUCCAGAGCAGUUCUACAACCCCAACACCUACAACUUCGACGCCAGUUGUUUGCUGGAUGCCGGGAUCGUGCACCUGACCUGCUCAGGCUACCAGAGGGAGACCCUGAGGUACCUGAAGGAAGCCGUGCCCACCCUGACCGAGGGCAUCUCCAACGGCUACUCGCGCUGCCUCAUGUCCGGCCUGCUCUCCUCUCGCCUGGCGGACGUCCAGCCCUCCAGUCUGUCCGAGCUGGAACAGCUGGAUGCUAUCCUGACCACGGCGGUGGAGACCAGCGCUCUGGGUCUGAUCACCGGCUGUAUUAAACAGUGGACCACAGAAGAGGCUGCAGGGUCGGCGGGGAACCUGCGCUACAUCCUGGAGUGGGCCUGGAACAAAGUGGUGAAGACCAAGGACGAGCUGGAUGCCAUCUGUGCGCCGCUGUUCGACACCUCGUCCAACUUCACCGAUCCUCAAACGCUGCAGCUUCUCCAGCACAGUCAGAGAAUCCUGAGUAACCUGAACACCAUCUUCCACUGCCUGAUCAACCAGGCUCAGCAGCUCACUCACACCGGUGCGAUCGGACUGAUGAAUAAGUGCAUGGUGUCGGGUCUGAUCUCCCAGUACGCUCAGGUGGUGCUGUGGUUCUGCCGGACCGGUCUCCUCCCCGAGAGCGCAGACGAUGACCUGCAGAUCUCCAGACCUUUCUACGGCUACUCGGUGAUCAGGAGUUAUUACACGGCUCAGCGGGAGGAGCUGCAGAGACUCGCCAAAGAUAAAUGGAGUCCCGACUGCCUGAUGAUCGACGGGUUGGUAGCUCAGUGCGGCGACCGGCUGGAGGAUCUGUGGAGGAGAGACGAGGGCGGGACGGGUCAUUAUCCGCCCCCGUCGCUACACGCUCUGCUGGACCUGUACCUUCUGGAGAAUGUGGAGGAAUCUACCAAACAUGCCAUCGUGAUCUAUCUGCUGCUGGAUGUGAUGUACUCGUUUCCCAAUAAGGGCGGAGCUUCGGUGGAGUCCUUCCCCACGGCGUUCUCCAUCCCUAUUGGUUUGGUGAAACUGGUGCAGGGCUUGUGGUUACUCGACCACAACGACCACGAGAGCUCCCUGGACCUCCUGCUGCACCCCUCCACGUCUCAGUGCGUGUGGCCGUGGCAGCACGCUCGGGUUCUCCAGGCUCUGAUGAUCCAGAACAAGCCGGGCACGGCUCUGCACUACCUGCACAUGAUGAAACCGUCGGUCAGCACCACGCCGCAGAUCAAACUGUGUCUGUCGGUCCUGCUGCACAGCAGGUGCCUGGUGGAGGCGUGGGCCACGCUGAGGCAGCACGUCAACAAGCUCAGCAUGGAGGAGCUUCUCAGGUUCUUCUACGAGACGUGUCAGGAGCUGGGGCUGAUGAAGGACCUGCUCAAGCUGCCGCUCGGUCCGUCCGAACAGGAGUGUUUGGAGCGCUUUCUGCAGGGGACCGGCGGGUAUCAGAACAGGGAGCUGCUGAUGGUUCAUCACCUCCAGCAGGCCAACUACGUUCCUGCCCUGCAGAUCAACGAGACCCUGAAGAUGAACCUCGCUGCGGACCGAGACCCGAAGAUGAAGCAGAGAUCGAGCACCAGGAACUCCAUCAUGAACCAGUACGGAAAGGUUCUACCACGAGCUCAGAGACGCCUCGCCGUGGACCGAGCUAAACCCUACCAGCACCCCGCCACCGUCCUCAGAGAGGUCGCCCGGCCUCAGCCGCUGUCCACCGUGGCUAAACGCUCCGGCGGUGAGAACGUCCUGAGCAGAGCGGCCUUCAUCAAGAACGUCCUGACCAAGAUCGAGGAGGUGUGGCUCCUGAAGGACGCGACCCCCGAGUCCUCCCCGCUGAAGAGCCCUAAACUACCAGAAGCGGUGCAUCCCAGUCCUCCCAGUUUAAACCUGUCUGAAGCUUUCGUCGGGACUCCCAUCAACAUGCUGACCAAGAGGAUGUCCAGGCUCUUCGAUCUGGCGGUGCAGCCGUCGUCCCAGACUCCGCCCGAAGCGUCGCGGGUCCAGACCACUCCCACCAAAACGCUCAGCUCGUGGUCUGCAGCCAGAAUCGUCGGCAAAGCUCCCGAGCUGAGCCUGUUACAGACGCCGCAGGUGGUGAAGAGAGCUCGAGCGCUGGCGGCGUCCGGCUCCGUCUUCACCUCCUCCUUCACCCCCCAGUCCAUCCUGAGGACCAGCCUCCGCCCCACACCUAUAGCCACGCCCACCGCCUCACCCGCUCCGUCCACCACGCCGCCGUCACGCCCCAAAGAGAGCCGCAUCACCUUCGUGGAGGAAUCGGAAUCUCCGGAUCUGCACGAGAGCGUGGUGCUCCGGGGCAACGGGCUUGCUGUAGGGGGCGACAUUAGCAGGUUGAAGCGACGCUCCCCUCCACCAGCAGGAGGUUCUAAAGCCUGGAGUCACGGUUCUGCUGAAGAGGAGGAGGAGGAGGAGGACACAGAGCCCAGAGUGGAGUUGAUGCCUCGUUUAGAAGAGACUGAGAAACCAGAGGUGGAGAAAUCCAAACUGGUUCUGCCUCCGUUAGUGCGCCGGCCCAGUCUGGGUCACGAAACCAGCGAGCUCUCCGUCCAAUCAGAUUCCACGCUGGAGUUCCACGAUGCUGUCGGCCAGGCGGACGCCACCAGAACCCUGGUACCAUCUCAGAACCUCAACGAUGAAGAUGAUGAUGAUGAUGAUGAUGAAGAAGUCGUGAUCAAACGAAAUGUGGCGGUGGAACCGGAACCUCCAUCAGCUCUGGUGGAACCUCAGGAACCGAGUCCAGACCAGGACGUGGAGAGGCUGCACGAAGCCGAAGCACACGAGGAACUGGGAGGUGCAGACCGAGUUCCUGAGGAACCUCUGCAGAACCUGCCUGAAGCGCUACCAAAAGCUCUUCUAGAGGAAUCAAAUUCUGCUAAUGAAGAGUCGAAGCAGGAUGAUUCACUGAAUCAGACGUACGAACUGGCGCCGGGAGAACCAGGAGGAACCUUCAUCGUAUCUGAGGAGCCCAUCCUGGAGCUCUCACCUGGAGAACCGCUCACAGUCACAGAAGAUCCCGCCGCCACCGCCGAGGAAUCGUUCGUUUCCGUACCGAAGCCUGAAGAGUCAGAAUCACUGAAAAGAAUCGGUUUAGAUGUGAUCGAUUCCUCGGUGCCUGACGUCGCUGCAGGAGCUUCAGCGGAGCUGGACGAUGAACGAGGAGUCAUGGAGACGUCAGAUCUGGAUGAUUACGUGGAGCGGCACUUAUUCGGGGACGACACCGCGCCUCUGCCCCCCCACUCCACCCUAACAGAGGCUCCAGGAACCGACAGUGAAGCAGCAGAACCAGAAGCUCCAGAUGAUUCCCACAAAUCUGUGGCCUCCUCAGAAGCUUCGACCUCAGACUCUCAGUCCGUGGUGAGUCUGCACGACACUGACGAGCUCACCAGCACCAGAUCUGAGGACGAUGAGGAGGAAGAUGAGGAGGAGGAUGAAGAGGAGGAGGAGAAGGAUUCAGGCAGUGAGGUGGAGAUCAUCGAGGAGAUCAAAGGAAACCAGAGGAACCUGCAGGACGUUCCAGAUGAGGAUGAUGAGAGGUUCCUGCAGGAACAGACCAACGCCGCCGUGCUCUCGCUCAUCACUGCCAAUCCUCACCUACAGGUGUUGGGUGGAUAUGAGGAGCAGGAGGAUGGAAGAGAAGUUCUGGUGGUGGGACUCAGACCUGCUGACCAGAAUGAAGAUCAGGUGUGUUACACUGAACUCAAGCCCUCCACCACCAUGCUGGUUCCUAUAGAGCUCACAGAGGAACAUCGGGAUCUUCUGCCCGACGUGGAGCUUCCUCCUGACACCAACAACUUCUCUCUCAUGCUGGAGGCUGAAGAUGAAGAAGCUGCAGGUGUGGAGAUGGAAGCUCAGCCCGGUUCAGGAGACGCUGAGAACGUGGAGAACCAACCGGUGCCCACUGGUGGAGACGUCAGUGUGGAGCAGGAGACCGCCGAACACGUUCCUGCUGAAGAAGAAGUGGAACGGAUGGAAGACCUGGAGUCAGAGAGGGUUGAAGAAGAUCCUGAACAAAUAGCUGAAGGUCAACCAGAACCAAGAGAAGAACAGCCUGAGGAACGUGCAGAAGCUGAGCCAAACAUGGCAGAUCUGCUAGAACCAGAGCAGAUAGAAGAACCUACUGAUCUAAAGGUGGAGGAUAAACCUGGUGAAGAAGCUCAAACAGAAGAGGAACCUGCUCCUGAAGAACCUGUUGAGAUACAUCUUGGUCCUGCCCAUGAUGAGCUCCAGGGUUCAGGCUCUGCUGAGGUCAAAGUGGACCAGUUAGUCAGUAAUGAGACAGAAGAGCCUGCUCUUAACAUCUCUGGUGCCAAUCAUCACGAGGAACCUUCUAAAAUUCCAGUAUCUCCUCCAAAGGAACCCCAGCGAAGCCCUGGACGACGAGGAAGGAAGACGGUGACGUUCCCGUUACCCGCCACAGAAUCUGAAAGAGACGCUUCAGACGAUCAGGACGAUUCCAAGGUUCCUUCAACACCUAGACGAGUCACCAGAAGCUCCAGGCAUCUCCAAGACUCUGAAGUUCCCAUCACGCCCAAGAGAAGCUCUCGAAAAGUGGAUGCUGAACCUACGGUGGAGGACACGCCCGCGGCGAGACCGAGCCCCUCACGUAAAACCCCACAGAAAGCCACGCCCAGAAGAGGCUCUCGCAAAACCAGGAGUUCCGUCACCACCAGCAGUGACGAGGAGGUCCAGAAGGUGGAGGAGACCUCGAUCGUGGAGAGUCAGAGCGCCAGGAAGACGAGGAAGACCUCCGUGCUGGAGGUCCCAGAACCCAUCCCUGAGGAGAAGGCUCUGGAGAACGAUGCAAACGCUAACACCACCGCCGGCGCUAGUCCCAGCCGCGUGACACGGCAGUCCAGCAGGAGGUUGAGCCUCACACUGGAGAACUUCCAGGACGUCGUGGUUCAGACCAUCACGCCGCCCAGGAGCAGGAGGAAAACGAGAGCCGCCACCCAGGAGAAAGCCAACGACGAAACCUUCGUGGUGGACGAGGUCCAGCUGCAGAACGUCUCCAGGCGUCUGACCACGAACCAACACUGGAACGAAGCCGAGGAACCCAAAGAGGAACCAGAGACUCUGGACCCCUCAACAAGCGCCUUGAUGGAGAGGCUGAACGACGAGCCGACUGAACCUACAGAAAUCAUUCCUGCCAGACGAAGAACCGCCAGAUCAGCAGCACCCGCCCCGGAGGAACCCACCAACCAGGAUGAAGAACGUGAAGCAGCUACAGAAAUCGUUCGUGCCAAGCGCAGAGCCACCAGAUCUAUGGUUCCUCCUCCAGAAGAACCGAGCGCGCUGAUGGACGAGACGACGAACGAAGAACCUGAAGCUGCAGGUAACGUCCAGACUAACCGGAGAACUACCAGAACAUCACCUCCUGGACCUCCUGGACCUACUGCAGAAGAACCAGCUCAGCCUGAGCCGAGCACGGCGACGGACAGACUGACUGACGAAGAGGAGAAGAACCGAGGAGAACGUGAAGCGUCUGCAGAAACAUCUGGUUCCAGACGUAGAACCACCACAUCUGCAGCACCGUCUGUGGACUCUGAUCUUCAGAACGUCCAGGAUCCACCAUCCACCAGAAGAACCAGGUCCAGCAAGAUGCCUGAAGCAGACGCCUCCUCACACGUCUUCACGCCCAGUCUUCCAAAACCCAGAGGAGGGAGGAAGAAGGACGUGACGCUUCCAGAUGUUUUAUCUCCACCGGCGACUCGACCCCGGCGAGCGGCAGCAGCUCCGGUUCCUGACCUGGAGGACCAGGUUCCAUCAGAAGAUCCUGCAGGUGAAGCUGAAGUCAAAGCCAAGAGGAGCAGAAAGACCAGUAGACCGAGAGCCGCUCCUGAACCCCUGCAGAUCGACCUCAUCUCUCCGUUAGCGAGUCCAGCAGAGACCAAGGAGCGCAGACCGUCGGGGGGUAAAGAUUCCGCCCCUCUGAAGAUGAACCUGCGACGCAAGCGCAUCAUGGAAGCCAUUUUCCCCAAACCGGUGACGCGCAGGAAGAAGCUCUGACGCCGCGUGUGAUGAUUUCCGCCUGCGUGUGUGUUUGAUUUAAUUCUACAGAAACGUGAUUCUAUUUUUCCACGAACUCCCGCCGCCCGCUCGGGUUGAUUUUGGUUUUAUAACCAGUGUGAUUAUUAUUCAGGAUAGAAUAAAUAAAUCGAUCGUCUGCGAGGCGGAAUAAGUUUUAUAAAUAAAUAAAUAAUAUUGAGUAACGUUUACAGAGUGCAGACGGGCGAGUCUUAGUUUUUACAAACGUGGAUUUCUACAAAUGUACAUAUUUUAGGGAUGUUCUCAAUAAAAUUUGAUACUUGUGAAUAA